UAUGCAAAACAGAAAGAAAUAGAGGAAGAGGGAGAAGGGGGGGUGGUGCCGAGCUGCUUCAAUGGAGUCACCGUUCAAAGCAGAUGUACUGAAAGGGAAAGUGGCCCUUCUCACAGGAGGAGGAUCGGGAAUUGGGUUCGAGAUAUCCACCCAAUUUGGGCUCCAUGGAGCCUCCAUCGCCAUCAUGGGUCGCCGCAAGCAAGUCCUUGACUCCGCCGUUUCAGGCCUCUGUUCCCAAGGAAUUCCGGCUGUUGGAUUUGUGGGUGAUGUUCGCAAGCAGGAAGAUGCAAAAAGAGUUGUGGAAUCAACUGUCAAGCAUUUUGGCAGGCUUGACAUUCUUGUGAAUGCUGCAGCUGGCAAUUUUCUUGUCUCAUCUGAGGAUUUGUCCCCAAAUGGGUUUCGAACAGUUAUGGAUAUUGAUUCUGUUGGUACAUUUACUAUGUGCCACGAAGCACUCAAGUAUCUUAAGAAAGGAGGACCAGGAAGGAGCUUUUCUAGUGGUGGAUCAAUAUUGAAUAUAAGUGCUACUUUGCAUUAUACAGCAGCUUGGUAUCAAAUCCAUGUAUCUGCAGCCAAGGCAGCGGUUGAUGCCACAACUAGAAACUUGGCACUGGAAUGGGGGACCGACUAUGAUAUCAGAGUUAACGGGAUUGCACCAGGCCCCAUCGGUGAUACUGCUGGCAUGAGUAAACUUGCACCUGAAGAGAUCAGCAAUAAAGCUAGAGAGAUUAUGCCUCUGUAUAAACUUGGGGAGAAAUGGGAUAUCGCCAUGGCUGCUCUCUACCUGGCUUCUGAUGCUGGUAAAUACAUCAAUGGAACCACUCUUGCAGUUGAUGGAGGACUUUGGCUGAGUCGACCUCGCCAUUUACCAAAAGAGGCAGUGAAGCAGCUCUCUAGAGCAGUGGAAAAGAGGUCCAGAGGUGUUCCUGUUGGGGUUCCAAAGAGCAAGCUAUAGCAUGUUCAAUCAAGGUAUGAUAUCCCUGGAUCCAAUGAUGAACCUACAACCGAUAUCAUUCAACCAUUCAGACUUCUACACAUUAAGCUCGGUUAAUAACCAAGCUUAAUGAAGGUAUUUUUCUGGGUCUGAGACUUUCUACCCAGUCCUACAAUUAAUAAUGUACAAUGAUUUCAAAAGGGGUUUGAUCACCUUACGGAUAACUGAAUUCGGUAAUGUAUUCAUGCAUUUUCAGAUCUUUAAUAGACUUGCUAUUGUCCUAGCCUAAACAUCUUGUUACUUGAUGUAUUAUGUUCUAUAUAACCUAAACAUCUUAUUACUUGA